AUGGCAUCGGUCGUUGAAACUACAUCGCCUCACCUCCGGGUGUCCGCGGCGAAAGCGUCUGCCACACCCAACUCCGAACCAACCUCCACAAGAAUCACACCGCCAGAGGCCUCCGCAGUCGAGGAUAAGUUCUUCUGGACCUACACUGAAGAACCACACCGGUCAAGACGACAGGCAAUUAUCAAGGCCCAUCCAGAGGUGACCAAACUAUGUGGUCCCGAACCCCUGACGAAAUAUGUUGUCUUCGGCGUUGUGGCUCUCCAAGUCACCUGUGCCUAUCUACUCCGCAAUACUCCCAUACUCAACUGGAAGUUCCUUGCCACAGCCUACUUUAUCGGAGCCACCUCAAACCAGAACCUAUUCCUUGCCAUUCAUGAGAUCUCUCACAAUUUGGCAUUCCGCUCCCCACUCGGAAACCGUCUGCUGGCAAUCUUCGCCAACCUUCCCAUCGGUUUACCCUAUAGUGCUGCAUUCAGGCCAUACCACCUAACUCACCACAAAUCUCUCGGUGUAGCAGGCCUCGACACCGACCUUCCCACCGCAGUCGAGGCCUUCUUCCUCAACUCCCUCCUGGGCAAGACAUUCUUCUGCACCUUCCAGAUCCUCUUCUACGCCGUCCGCCCUAUGUUCAUCUACAGUCCUCCAUUCACCUCGAUUCAUCUUCUCAACCUCUUCGUCCAACUAUCCUUCGACUUCUUCCUCGUUCGCUUCAGCGGCUCUUUAAACCCAUUCUACUACUUUAUCGCCUCCUCCUUCCUGGCCGGUUCCCUCCACCCCUGCGCCGGUCACUUCAUCGCCGAACACUACUUCUUCUCCAAAGUCAAGACAGGUGGCACAGAGUCUCUAGCGGACUUGAAGACCAAGCCCGCCUCCAAGACCCCGCCUACCCACCCGCUUAACUCAAUCGCUCCACCGGAGACGUACUCGUACUAUGGUCCCCUCAAUAUUCUCACCUACAACGUGGGCUUGCACAAUGAGCACCAUGAUUUCCCCGCUAUCCCCUGGACCAAGCUCCAUAAGUUGCAUGAUAUUGCGGCGGAGUUCUACGAGCCAUUGCCCUGCCACCGCAGUUGGGUCUGGGUUAUCUGGACCUUUAUCUUGGACGAGAAUGUUGGACCUUGGUGCCGUGUGAAGCGGGAACAGGGUGGACGCAUUGUUGGCGGUGGUGGCUCGGAGAAAAAGAAGUCUACUGGCCGUGGUGGUGAAGGGAUUUCAGCUGCGUCGGCGGGUCCGGCAGGUGAAGAAGGUGAUGGGUGGAAAGAGAGUGAGAUUCAAUGUUAA